AUGGUCCGUGAGGAGACGUCAUUCCCUCGAUUGGGAGGAGAUGGGGUUGCGAGGGUGGAUGGCGACGGAGUGGACUGCCAGGACAAGGAGAAGGUGAUGGGGGAGUACUGCCUCUGGUCCCCGCCGGAGUCCCGCAACUACCAAGGGAGCGUGGCGUCGUGCGAGACGCUGCCGGGGGGGAACCUGGGGACGGUGGACACGGGGAACCCGAAGGAGGUCCAGUUCCUGUCGAGGGAGUUCCCGGAGACGAAGGGGCUGUUCGAGACGCACCCGGACGUGCAGACGGUGUUCCACCCCUUCCGGGGGAUAGAGGUGAAGGAGCUGCGGCAGAACAAGGAGCUGAAGGCGCAUGCGCUCAGGGUGAUGGGGUUCGUGCAAAAAGUCGUGGCCCGCUUGGACGACGACGAUCAGCUGGACCAGCUCCUCGCGGAGAUCGGGAGGAACCACCAGAGGUACGGGGCUUCCAGACGUCACGUGGAGGUGAGGGGCUUCGGUUGCCGAUGGGAUGCGAGGCGUUUAGAAGUCUCCUUCGCUCCGAAGCCUUUGAUCGAUCGAGCGCGAGGGAAUAUCGACGGCCGAUAUUCCCGAGAGCAAACCCUGGUGGGCCCCGAGUUCAUAACGAGCAUCGAGCCGGUGCUGGGAGAUGAGUGGCGACCCGAAGUGGCCGAAGCCUGGACACACCUCUUCCGACACAUCUCCGGGUCCAUGCAGAAGGCCAUGCUCGAGACCAAGGUUCACGGGAGCUGUCGCAAGAGGUGA